AUGAUCCCUAGUUAUAUUGGUGAGCUUCCCUUGGAAAAACUGAAUCUGUCUUUUAAUAUGCUGCAGGGAGAAGUUCCAGCACAAGGAGUUUUUAGAAAUGCUAGCAUGAUUUUGAUUGUUGGAAUGGAUGAUCUUUGUGGAGGUGUUGCUGACUUAGCUUGUUUAUGUUUUGUCGCCAUUGACGUGUCUCAAGGAAGGAGGCCUCUUCUAAACAAUCUUUUCAAAUACCAAAUUCUGAGAGUUUCGUAUGCAGAGCUUCUGAAUGCCACCAAUGAAUUUUCAGAGGCUAAUCUACUUGGCGUUGGAAAUUAUGCUUCUGUAUAUAAUGGGAUCCUUGAUCAAGACCAGAUUGUUGUGGCAGUGAAAAAGCUCAAUCUUCAGCUUAGGGGAGCUUUAAAGAGCUUCAUGUUAGAAUGCAAAGCACUUCAAGCCAUAAGACAUCAAAAUCUUUUAAAGGUAUUAAGUGCAUGUUUUAGCAUAGACUUCCAUGGCAAUGAAUUCAAAGCUAUAGUAUAUGAAUUCAUGGUCAAUGGAACAUUGGAUAGAUGGCUGCAUCAAAAUGGAGCAGAGCACGAGUACCUGAAAGUGAUCCAGAGACUAGACAUUUCUAUUGAUAUUGCUUUUGCACUUGAGUAUCUUCAUUGUGGUUGCGAGCCAACAAUAAUUCAUGAUGAUCUGAAGCCAAAAUAUGGCAUGGGUGACAUGGUCUCCACUCUAGGAGAUGUAUAUAGCUUUGUGAUUCUUCUAUUAGAGAUGUUUACAGGCAAAACACCAACUGACAAUAUAUUUAAAGAUCACCAAAAUCUUCAUAGCUUUGUUAAGAAUGCUUUGCCUGACCAAGUGAUGGAUAUCAUCGAUCCCCGCAUCCAGCUGGAGCAUAACAAUGGAAGUUGGAUCAACGAAUGCAUGGUUUCCAUUCUGACAAUUGGAGUUGCAUGUUCAUCGGAAUAG